CGAUCGGCAUACCACCGAGCCAGUCGAGAAACGGAGCUUGCAAGCGACACUUGUGGCACGCGGAGCAGUUCAGCCGAUCCGACACUCCGAGCGUGAAAGACCGACAGAGAAAAACGGAAAAAGCCACUCUUGAAAAUCGGCGAAAAGUAAAGAAAAACCACUGCAGGUUACAACAAAAAUUGCAACACCAAAAGCGCGCGUGCGCAACCGAUAAGUCAGAAGAUAGGCGAAAAAUCACUUGAUUCAUACGAACAUAAGGCAAUAUGGCGGCUGUUGAGGUGAGGAACGGCUACAAGUACUAUGGCUCCAAAUCGAACCCGAAGAUUGUGCUCAACCAGCUGAACAUGAACGUGAUGCGGGGUUCGAUAUAUGGACUGCUGGGCGCCUCCGGGUGCGGCAAGACCACCCUGCUAUCCUGCAUCGUCGGCCAGAGGCGCCUCAACGGAGGCGAGGUCGCCGUGCUGGGAGUGAAGCCGGGCGAGCCGGGCAGCGGAGUGCCGGGGUCCCGCGUGGGGUUCAUGCCCCAGGAGAUCGCCCUGGUCGAGGAGAUGACCGUCAAGGAGACGAUCUUCUACUUCGGGCGCAUCUACGGCCUGACGGACGAGCGCAUCCGGGAGAAGUUCAAGCUGCUCAAGGAGCUGCUGCAGCUGCCGCCGGCGAGGCAGAUGAUCAAGCAGUGCAGCGGGGGGCAGCAGCGCCGUUUGUCCUUCGCCUGCGCCAUGAUUCACGACCCGGAGCUCCUCAUUCUCGACGAGCCCACUGUGGGACUGGACCCCAUGCUGCGCGAAAAAAUCUGGGACUUCCUCGUGGAGACCACGAGAAAUAGCAAACUGGCUGUGAUCAUUACCACCCAUUAUAUAGAGGAGGCCAAGCAGGCGAACUGCAUUGGUCUUAUGCGCAAUGGCGUGCUUUUGGCCGAAGACACUCCCACCAACAUCAUGAUCAAGUUCGGCACCCAGUCGAUCGAGGACGCCUUCCUCAUUUUGAGCCAGCGGCAGGGCAACGAGGACGAGUUGGCCCAAAUCAUGGAUCACAGCAAGAACCACGCUUUGCAGGCAGCUGCUCCCCCGGAGGUCAUCGACAGCCACGAGCCCAACACGCCUGAGAAGCAGCCCAUCCCCCUCGAAGAGCUGCCGAACGAGAACCGCAAAAAUUUUUUCACCACCAAGGGCAGGGUCAAGGCACUGAUGACAAAGAACUUUGUGCAGCUCUUCAGGCAGCCCUCAGGCAUCAUUUUCAUGCUCCUGUUCCCCAUCAUCCAACUAACGUGCUUUUACCUGGCCAUUGGCAAGACGCCCACGAACUUGGAGAUAGGAGUGUACUCCGGCGAGGUUGAGAGCUACGGGGAGUGCUUCGACGACAGCCUGGUCACAGUGUACAAGGAGAACGAUAGCUGUCUGUUCCACAAGCUCUCCUGCAGGUACAUCCGCGAACUGGGCGACGAUGUGGCCACCCGAAAGUACUACUCCAGUGAAGCGGAUGCCCUGAGAGAUGCGAAGCGGGCCACGACCGUUGGCUACCUGCACUUUGCCCAGAACUUCAGCGAAUCGAUCCUCUCGGUGUUGGAGGACGGAAUACACACCGACGACGGAGCCGUGGAGCACGCCGAACUGAGCAUCCACAUCGACAUGACAGACCAACAAGUGGCGUACUUCAUGCAGCGAAAACUGCGCGACAAGUUCAGCUCUUUCAUGCGAAGUGUUGUCGAGGACUGCAAUGUUUCCGCGGCCAUCGUUGACCUGCCGGUCCAGUUCCAGGAACCGAUCUUCGGCACCGCAGACAUCGAGUUCCAGCAGUACUGUGCCCCGGGUGUGGUCAUGACCAUGGUGUUCUUCCUGGCAACUCUGAUGACGGCGGCAGUCUUCAUUUCGGAGCGCAUGGACGGCAUUUGGGACCGCACUCUCUUGGCAGGUGUUUCGGCUGCCGAAAUGCUAUGGGCCCACCUCCUAACCCAGCUCAUUAUCAUGGCUCUGCAGUCAUUCGAGGUUAUUAUGUACAUCGGCCUGGUUUUCGAUACCUACAACAACGGCGAUACCACGACGCUCAUUGGAUUGCUAACGCUGACCGCUUUUUGUGGGAUGUUGUUCGGUCUCUUCAUAUCUGUGUUUUGCAAAUCGCAUACUGAGGCCAACUUUGUAGCCACUGGCGCUUUUUACCCAAUGAUCAUACUUUGCGGACUUCUGUGGCCGCUGGAGAGUAUGCCGCAGUUUCUGCAGGACCUGGUGAUGGUGCUGCCCUUCACCAUACCCUCUAUAUCAGCUCGAAACGUAAUCGAAAAGGGCUGGAGCAUCACCCACGAGAAGGUCUACAAUGGCUUCUUGGUCAUGGCAGGCUGGACGAUCAUUUUCUUUGUUCUGUGCCUGAUCGGCAUCCGGCGCAAAGCGUAAGCCCGGACCCUGGGAUGUUCUUUAAUAUUAGGGGGUCUUCCAUUUAGUUGUAAUGUACUAGCAUUUUUUGAUAGGUGAUCUUAUGUGCAUAUCGUUUAAUUUAAUUACUAUCGGAAGCAUAUCACUCGCAUGUUUAGACUCUCAUCACGUAAGGGAAACACAUUCAUACCAACGAAUUGUAACGCAUUCUUGGACAGUCUUCACAUAACGUGUGGACUGCACUAAAAUCAGCAUAAGGUCUUAGGGGUGUCUCACAAAAAUAUUUAUAAUUCACAGAACAACUUAUCGUUCUCAUGGAAAUCAAAAAUUUCGUAAUUAAAAAUGAAAAACUAACUCACUUAACCUAAUACUAGAAGUACAUUCUUGUCCACAUUCAGAAUGUGGAUAUCAUGUAUAUAGUGUAAAAGUGUAAAAUUAUGUAAAUCGAAAUUUUAAAUCAACCAAAAAUAAAACCUUAAACAUA